UAUUUGUCAUAUAAGCUAUUGUAAGUUUUUGGGGGUUUUGAGUCACUAGCUAUUUGAAUGAAUACCACCUGUGGUUCAUAAUUGUCAUAUAAGCUACUGUAGGGUUUGUUUUUUGGUGUGUGAACGUAGGGUGGCGCCAUCAUACAGCUAUGAGACAGGAGGACACUGUCACAAGUGGACACAACACUCAUUCGUGUUCAGACGUACAACUAGGCACACUUUGUUAGUGUAGAACAAAAUGUGGCUCCGCGAAGAAAUUUUAAAGUCUAUAUGGCACGUUUUCACAGCCUUGGACGUGGACCAACGUGGCAAAGUGUCCAAGUCUCAGUUAAAGGUGCUGUCCCACAGCCUGUGCACCAUCAUGAAGAUCCCCCAUGAUCCGUUAGCUCUUGAAGAGCAUUUUAAAGAUGAUGAUAAAGGGCCUCUGUCCAAACAGGGAUACAUGCCCUACCUCAACAUGUUUAUUAUUGACAAGGUUCAAGAGGAUUUUGAUGUGUUGGAGUUCAACAGGAUGUGCUGGACACUGUGUCACAAGAAAAAUAUUGCCACUAAUAAUCUACUUAUCUCAAACUAUGAUGCUUUUAAAAUCUGGUGCAUUUUCAACUUCCUGUCUGAAGACAAGUACCCACUUGUUAUUGUACCUGAGGAGGUUGAGUAUUUCCUACAAAAGCUCACUGAGGCCAUGGGAAGCAAAUGGAGCGAGGAGAAAUUUUCAGAUUCCAAUCUGCAGCUGAACAAGAGAAGCUGCUUGACUGCAUGGGAGAUGAUCCAACUGGUGGGAACAGGUGCCUUCAGCAAGGGCAUUGACUGGCAGAGUGUGUCCAUGGGCAUCAACGAGGUCUUCCAGGAGCUCAUACUGGACAUGCUAAAGCAGGGCUACAUGUUGAAGAAGGGCCAUAAGAGGAAGAACUGGACGGAGCGCUGGUUUGUGCUGCGACCCACUUCACUGUCCUACUAUGUAUGUGAGGAUCUUGUGGAUAUGAAAGGACAGAUCACUCUGAACCAGCACUGUUGUGUGGAGUCUCUGCCAGACAAAGAAACAAGGAAAUGUCUCUUCAUCAUAAAGUGUCCUGAUAAAAGUUUUGAGAUCAGCGCAUCGGAUAAAAAGAAGAAACAUGAAUGGAUUCAAGCUAUUCAAACAUGCAUCCAGCUGCUGAGGUUGGGGCUGCUCUCCCCUCACCGUGAGGCCAGGUUGAGGCGCAAGGAGCUCCGGCAGAAGCAGAUGGCGAAGGAAGAAGACAUGGCCGAAAGGAUGAAGCUUCUCCAGGUGGCCAACGAAAGCAACCAGAUGCAGCUGGAGGCCAUGUGGAAGAAAAUGGAGACGGUUGCAGCCGAAGUGGCAACAGAAGAAGAGAGGAGGAAGAAGUCUCAGUCAGAUCUGCAGGAUCGCCUCAGGCUGGACCUGGAAAGAGAGAAAAUGGUGCGUCAGCAGAUGGAGGAGCAGAUGGCCCAAAAGGCCAGCGAGCUAGAGCAGUACCUGCAGCGUGUACGAGAGAUGGAAGACAUGUACCAUGAACUGGAGGAAGCCUUGGAGAACGAGAGGCAGGCCAAGCAGGAUGAAGAGGCUAUGCGCAAGCUACAGGCCAGGCUGCUGGAAGAGGAGACCACCAGGAGGGCGGAGCUGGAGCGCCUCCACCUGCAGCAGAAGAAGGCGCUGUGUCAGACGCAGGCCGAGAAGCAGGAGCUGGUGGCAGAGCAGCAGGCCAGUGAUCGAGAGCUGCAGGCCGCCAUGCUGCAGCUGGAGAGAGUGGAGAGGGAGCGACACGGAGCUCUGCACAAGUAUGAGGAAGUGUCAAGAAAUCUGGAGCGAGCUUCUUACAAGACCAAGAAAUGGAAAGACAAAGUAGCCAAACAUGAAGGACUGGUGCGUCUCAUCCAUCCAGGCGACAAGGGUCCUCAGAGGGUCACCAACUGGGGACCUGCUUCAGUCACGGACGUGGAGUUGGAGCUGAGGAAGAAGUUAUGGCAGGAGAGUAAAAACAUGCAAGCUCAGUGAAUGAAAUGCAUGAACAACUGACCCAUAGUAGCACUCACCUUUGACCUUUGACCGCCUUCCUCUCUAACAAACAUUAUAUGAUGGCUUUACUCUCACUUUGCGUUAUCAGUCCUAAAUACAGUCGAGGAACCUCGGUUUGCGUUAUUAAUCUGUUGAAAAUUUAAAUUUUGAAAAACUAAAGCAAUUUUUCCUCCAAGAAAUCAUGUAAAGAGGCGCUGGGUGGCCUGGCGGUUAGCAUGUUGGCCGCGCAGUCAGGAGAUCGGGAAGACAUGGGUUCGAAUCUCCGUCGGGCAUCUCUGUAUGGUGAUUGCAUGUUCUCCCCGUGCGUGCGGGUACCGGGUACUCUGGUUUCCACAAACAUGCAUGUUAGGCUAAUUGGGGGCUCUAAAUUGUCCACAGGUGUGAGUGGUUGUUUGUCUAUAUGUGGCGACCAGUCCAGGGUGUACCCCGCCUCUUGCUCGAAGUCAUACCCGCCACCCUCGUGAGGAUAAGCGGCAUAGAAGAUGGACGGAUGGAAAUCGUUCAAUUAUAGUUUUACAUGCAGAAAAAGGAGGACUAAGAAAUGCUGUAAAGCGUGGACGGUUAGAGCUGUGUACUUGCUUACUUCAGCAGCAGGUACAUUCGUCAUUACACACACUGGCUGGGUUCACUUUCGGUUAUGUGUCUCCCUUAAAGCGUUCCCUGUGCGAUCUGUGUUCACUAGAAACCUUGACAUGACAAUCAUGUUGCAACGGACUCUACCGUCAUACUUUGGUGUGACUUCUUUCAUGAAUUCAAUAGUGUCUCUCACCUUCUGUAUCAAAGUUCUGGCACUUGCAACUUUUUUGGCCCCGUGGUGCAUUAUUUAGCAGCUGUAGAAUGCACACUACUUUAGCUUUGGGAAGAAAGGCGGCAGAUUCUGUGUGCAUCCAUCCAUUUUCUAUGCCACUUUUCCUACUCUGUGUGCAUUCUAUGCACAAAUGAACCACACACACAUUAACAAAGAUGACAACAGCAGUGUAUCAGAGUGGUCUUAAAAUGUCUAAAAUCCAAUCAUUUAAGUUUAAGUCCUUAAGAUAUCUAAUCUGUCUUAAUAGCUCGUAAAAUGCCUGAAAUACUAUUUUGGAAGGUUUAAAAAUCUGUUCGUGUUACUUUUAUUGAAAACAAAAGUAUUUUAAACUUCAGUCUCACUUUUAAAUCUUAGAUUUUUUAGGACACUCUAAGUGUAACGGAACUACGUAAGUAUAUGUAACUUCAAAACGAAUCUGAAGUAGCUGUGUAGCCCGGUCACAAUUCAUUGAGCACAACCGGGUAGUGUGCUGUGUGUGCUUUGCGGUGUUACAGCGGAGCAUCGCAGUGGAGAAAACGUAGCAAAAGCCCACAGCAAAGCCACAUUACUUACGUAUACGAUGGGUAAGUUGGGCAAGUUCAACGAUUUGUGGUGUAUUAGCAACGUGAUUUACUCAUGCGUAUAUAUGAAAAUGAGCAGAUAACAUGUUUUGUGUAACCAGAGUGGAAGAAGAAUUACUUGUUUUACUUUGUCCUUUUAGACAAAGACGACGCCUGUGUGCUUGACUGACCUUGCUCAGCGAGCAGAUGUUUCCUGUCAUUGGGGUUGGGGGUGUGUGUUUUUUUGGGGGGGGGGCUCACAGGGUGUUGUGACCCGAGACUCCUCAGUAGUUUUCUGCUUGCACCCACAGUGGGCCCCCACUGUUGCUUUCUGUAGUAUAGAAAUAGGCAGGGACUUCUUAGCGCGCUUUCCUAGAGACUGCUUGAGCUGUCUGUGUGAUUUGUGCCUUGGAGCGCCAAUGAUUGAAAAAAAAAAAAAACACAAUCUUGUCUCUUCUUCACUGUUUUAUUCGUGAUCGUUUGAAAAGAUUUCCAAAAAAGUGGCUCCAGAAUGAAUAGUUGGAGUCGAUGGAUGGAAUCAUUUAUUAGUUCACAAUAGAGAGGCACCUGGUGUUUUUAGUUAGGUUCAGCAUUUUGUAUUCCAAU